AUGGUUGAGGUUGAAGCUCAAAGGUUGGAGCUUUCUUUUGUUAAGAGGAAGGAAGUGGUGUUUCGAUGGUUGCUGUUUCUGCUGUUUCUUAGUCCUGUGGUUGGUCUUAGACCCUUGAGGGAUAAAACUGGUUCUUGGGGUGAUGAGUGGAUUUUUUCCGGAAAAGAAGAAAGCGACAUAGGUCCAUUUUCACAAUGGAAUAUAACCGGAACUUACCGAGGGACGUGGAAGUUUUUAGAUAAUACAAAUGGCUCUUCUAGAUUUCCAGACAUCAGAAAAAUAAAUGGAAAUUCUGUAAUUGAAUUAGUUAGUACUCCUACAAAGAUAACUGGGGUACAUUAUGUGCAGGGAGUGGUUAUAUUCCAUGAUGUGUUUGACAAUGAGUACAAUGUCGGCGGUGCUCAAAUCAAAAUAGAAGGUGUAUAUAUAUGGCCUUUUAGACAACUUCGAAUGGUAGCCAACAGCGGAAAAGACGGAGGAGGGUUGAAUCAAGAUGGAGAUUAUAUUUUAUCAAAUCCGUAUCAUCUGCUUGGAGUUUUCUCGUCUCAAGUAUUUCAAGAAUCUUCGCGACAUACUAUGUGGAGAAGAAAGCAUUCUCCAUUGCAUGGCAUGGAGAAAAAUUGUAAUGUUGAAAUUUCAGCACGGGUUUCACGCUUGUCCUUGUCAAAACACGAAGGAGAGCACGAUUCUUUUCAGCUGGAAGGAUUAAUGGAAAGUCCGUCCGUGGAUGAUGACGGAGAUUGCAUCUCACCGUUACAGUUAAAUGCAACAUCGAUAAAUAUAGGAGUAUACUACAAUAAAGCAGUGAACUAUACCUUGAUGGUUACUUUUGUCUCGUUCUUGCAAGUUCUUCUUUUGAUUCGGCAAAUGGAGCAUAGCAACACCCAAUCUGGUGCUGCUAAGGUUUCAAUAAUAAUGAUCGGUCAGCAAGCUAUAGUGGAUGCUUAUCUUUGCCUUGUACAUCUGACGGCAGGAAUACUAGUAGAGUCCUUAUUCAACGCAUUUGCAACUGCUGCAUUCUUCAAGUUUGUAGUUUUUUCAAUAUUUGAGAUGAGAUAUCUCCUUGCAAUUUGGAAGGCAAGCCGGCCUUUGAGUAACGGUGAAGGUUGGGAGACAAUGAGGCGUGAGCUUUCUGUUUUAUACAGUCGUUUCUAUGGGAUCCUGUUGGGGGGAAUUCUAUUUAUGUAUGAAUUCCAUUAUUAUUUGAAACCUAUUCUGCUUCUUGUAUACUCCUUUUGGAUACCUCAGAUAAUCACCAACAUUGUUCGUGAUUCACGCAAACCAUUGCAUCCUCAUUAUAUAUUAGGCAUAACCGUCACUCGGCUAGCAAUCCCAUUAUAUGUUUUUGGCUGUCCUAACAACUUCUUGCGCAUAGAACCAGAUCACACCUGGUGCGCAUGCUUGGUUUUAUUUACUUGUUUUCAAGCCGCAAUUCUCCUUCUUCAGCAUUAUCUCGGCUCCCGUUGGUUCAUUCCUCAUCAGAUUCUACCUGAGAAAUACAGCUAUUACCGGAGGUCUUCUCAGGAUACAAAUCAUUCGACAGACUGUGUUAUAUGCAUGACAGCGAUUGAUCUCACGCCACGAUCAAACGAUUGUAUGGUGACGCCUUGUGAUCAUUUUUUCCACACCGGCUGUUUACAAAGAUGGAUGGAUAUAAAAAUGGAGUGCCCAACAUGCCGGCGCCCGCUCCCGCCUGCAUGA